UGCCGGAAGUACCUGCGCUGAGCUCGGCGACGGACGGAGAAAGAGGGGGAAGGAGGGAGGGAGCAGCCGCCGCCUUUGAGGCGCUCGCCUGGAGUCCGCCGCUUCUCCUCCGCGCCCGGCCCCCGCCAUGUCGGACUUCGACAGCAACCCCUUCGCGGACCCGGACCUCAACAACCCCUUCAAGGAUCCUUCGGUUACACAAGUGACAAGAAAUGCACCUCCAGGAUUAGAUGAGUACAAUCCAUUCUCAGAUUCUAGAACACCACAACAAGGAAGUGUAAAAGUUCCCAAUGUGCCCAGUACGCAGCCAGCUAUAAUGAAACCCACGGAAGAACCACCUGCUUAUACUCAAAUCGCAAAGGAACAUGCUUUGGCCCAGGCUGAACUACUUAAGCGCCAGGAAGAAUUAGAAAGGAAAGCAGCUGAACUAGAUCGUAGGGAAAGAGAGAUGCAGAGUCUCAACCAGCAGGGAGGAAGAAAGAACAAUUGGCCUCCACUACCUGGCAAUUUCCCAGUGGGUCCCUGUUUUUAUCAGGAUUUCUCUGUAGACAUACCUGUAGAAUUUCAGAAGACCGUGAAGAUUAUGUAUUACUUGUGGAUGUUCCACGCAGUUACACUAUUUCUUAACAUCUUUGGAUGCCUGGCCUGGUUUUGCCUUGAUCCUAAGCGAGGAGUUGAUUUUGGAUUGAGCAUUCUUUGGUUCUUGCUUUUCACACCCUGCUCAUUUGUCUGCUGGUACAGACCACUUUAUGGAGCCUUCAGAAGUGACAGUUCCUUUAGAUUCUUUGUUUUCUUCUUUGUAUACAUUUGUCAAUUUGCUGUACAUGUACUUCAGGCUGCAGGAUUCCAAGGAUGGGGCAAUUGUGGAUGGAUUUCAUCUCUCACUGGGCUUAACCUUAGCAUCCCAGUAGGCAUCAUGAUGAUAAUCAUAGCUGCACUUUUCACAGCAUCUGCAGUAAUCUCACUAGUUAUGUUUAAAAAGGUGCAUGGUCUAUAUCGCACAACUGGAGCAAGCUUUGAGAAAGCCCAACAAGAAUUUGCAACAGGCGUGAUGUCCAACAAAACUGUACAAACUGCAGCAGCCAAUGCAGCUUCAACAGCAGCUACUAGUGCCGCUCAAAAUGCUUUUAAGGGUAACCAAAUAUAGAGCAAAAGAGAUGAAAAUCACUACAACUCUCUGGCUGUAUUUUAUUUUCCAGUCACUUAUAUUCCCUGAAGACUUGUGUUAAAAAUGCACACAGCAUGUAUGUCUCUUGAAGCUGUGCAUGAGCUAAACAGGAUAAGGUCGUUGUUCCAUUCCUUGAAAAAAUAUUUAUUCGGACGUAUUUCCUGGCUACUACUAUUAAUAUAAAAUUGUUCUAUUUUUCUCCAUAUUUUUGGAGGCAUCCUAUAUUUGGUGACAAUUUCAACUGUAGAUCUGAAAAUGAUUGGCAGCUCCUGAGGUCAAUUUUAAUGGGAUUUUUGGCUUUUUUCUGGUUGAAAAGUUUUCUCCAGAACCAUUCAUUUUGACUUGAGACAAGCACUUUGGAUUAAAUACUGUUGUUCCUAAUAACUUGCUUCCCUACUUUCUUAAAUAAGAAACAGGGCAGCUGAUAGUUUUGAGCAAGAAAUUUUGGCCGCUGCUGCUUUAUAGCUUCAGCAGCUGAUGAAGGACAGAUGUAAGCUUAAAAUAAGUAUGCUAGAUAAUGUAAAUUCUUUUUUAGGAUAAUAAAUCUUUUGAUAAACAUCUGAGUUUGCAUGAAACGGUUUUGACCAUGCUAAGCUGUUGUUUUAGUCCAGAUUUUGUCUCUAUCACUAUAGUGUUGGUUGGGAAUUUGUUUUAUUCAUGGUGUAAGGUGUUCUAACUGAGAAAUAUUGGAGCACAGGUGUUCCAGGAGAAGAAGAUGAAGAGACAUUAAUUACGUUGAAUUGGAACUGAGCAAUUAUAUUUUAAAUUCAGUAUUCAUGACUUUGGAAAACAUACUGUUAAAGAUACUUUUAAAAUCAUGGAUGUAGUGUGGAAUUCAGGGUAUCCAUUAAAGAUAUACUUUUAACCAGUAUCUGGAACACUCCUAUUAGUCGUCGUUCUUGACCUGUUAAAAUACUGUGGAAUUUUUUUGUUGUGUUUAAGAAUUCCAACAUUUUUAAAAAUGUGCAUUUGUGUUUAAUAAUGGUACUGAAUCUUAGCCUUGUCAGUCACUCUGUUUACUGCUUCUGUAAGCAUCUGGAUAUACAAUUUCAUUUAAAUUUUGAAUUGUAAUCACAGACUCUUAUCAGUCUUUUAAAAACUGAAAUUUAAUUAUGUACAUGAAAUCUUUUAACAUACUUCGGCCUUCAUGUAUGUUUUAAUCUGAAUAAAUGCAUUGUAUCAAAUGCAAACUGAGGAAGUUUUCAGCAUUGACCAGCUGACAAUGUGUGUACAGAGGUUCUUGGUGGCUUUUAAUUCAUCAGCAUAACAUUCUGAGUCCUAAUUGCUUCUCCGUUUUCAAUCAUUUCCCCCGACCUGAUAUUCUGAGGUAUCCAAACUUUUGGAUCAUAACUUGGAUCAUAUCUUGUGCUAACGCUCCAAAAUACUCAGUUUCUGUCAUGAAGGAUGUGUUAAUUCUUAUAUACUAGCUUGCAGUAUUGCAAGAUGGGUCCGAUUUCUAAUACACUGUUUCCCAGCAUUUAUUUGUAGAAAUGGUAAUACAGUAUGGCCUAGUAGUCAAGGGUGGACAACGCUUCCAUAUCUGAAAUUACAAAAUAAAUAAUGAGGAAACUAUAACGGUUCAAUUACACCUUUAAAUAGUAAAAUGUGAGGAUUAUUUGCAUAAAUAAUUUUAAGUCAUCAUUUGAAGUAAAGGGUAAUUAAAAUUGUGGGUGUAGUUUAAAAGUCAGGGCAUGUAUUUCUUGAACUAUAAGGUCAAUGUGUUGGCUUUCACAAUGUUUAUGUACUUUUUUUCAGUACAUCAUUAGUCCCACAACAGCUUUGUUAUUCUUUAAACUGUGUUGAGAGGGGAAACUAUUAACAGUUCACAAAAAGAUGGUUCUUGAAUAAUUUUGUCUCAGGGGAUAAAGCAGAUUGAAACUUGAAUUAUAUAAAUGGAGAUCUAGUUUACAGUAGUUUUGUCAGUCAUCCCAGCCCCAGAAAAUAUGUUUUAACAUAGGCUGAGUAUUAGAUUCUUAUAAACCUCUGGAAACAUAGUCCACCACAUUUGAUCAGAAAUGCUGCAGUAAAUUUCUGCAUUUCCCAACUUCUGAUUUUUCAUGUUGACAGAAGGCUGUUGUAUGUUAAAAUGUUAAGAUAUUGAUACGAAAGAACAUCAGUGAAGAAAUAUGCUCCCAUUACAAGUCAUUCUGUAGUAUCCAGUUGUUGAAAGUUUAGUUCAGAUUAAUUUUCUACAUUGGAUCAUCAGUAGUCUGAUUUAUAUAAUUUUGGCAUUGGGGUUAUUUAUCUGAGGGAUAUCUGUAUAUUUGUAAAUUACUAACAAUGCUUUGCCAUCAUGGUGAAUGUCAUGGUUCUGUAGAAAUGCACACAGAUCUUCUGAUGUAGCAUGUCUGGAUAGUUCAAAGGUUUUGCAUAUUUAUUGUAUUAACUCAGUGACAUAGAAUAAAAAUGUUUCAUGAAUGUUUGCUCUGUAUAGUUUUAAAAACAAGCUAGGGGUGUUUUUUUUAAAGGUUAGAUGGAAUGAAAGAGGGAUAAACUGUACAGAAAAAAUCACGUUAUUUACCUUGAUCCUGCUUUAGUCUAGUAUAGUUACACAUGCAGUUACAGAAUGUGGGUGUGCAUAUAGCAAAAUUUCAGAAGUGCAGGAAGACACCUGUCAUUGGAUGCUCAUCUAAAUGAGCAAUGCUUUACUUUAUAUGGAUGCACAACUGGAUAUGCACCCUGUUCAUGCUCUUGUUAUACAUGUAACUAUGCACUAUUAAAGCUGGGUCAGGGAGUUUUUUUGUAUUCUGUAUAUAGAUUCUGUAACCUUCUGCAGUGGGAAACGCGUGUCAAUUACUGGAACAGUUUAUUAGUACAGUUAGAACUGGGAUUGUUCUCAAGAAAAUACCCAGUUAAUAGAUGCAGUGUUUUGGUUCUGUGAUGUAAAUUGGAAGCUUUAAAAAGAGAAUGGUUUGUCAGUACUGAUGGAAUACAAGUUUUAAAUUUGUCCAGGAAUUUGUUGGAAGUAAAAUUAAACCUCUGAAAAUGA